AUUAUAAAUGAAGCCAUGGCGGAAAAGUUUGCUGUGUGAUCAAGAAUAUAACGGUCUGAGUUGCCAGAUUCCUCUCUCUGCGUGCACCGUUGUCGUCUUUUGUCCAAGAUGAACAGAGUUAUUUUCCUUUUUGUAGUCGGAGUCUGCUUUGCAGUCGGCCAAGCCCUUACUUGCUACAAAUGUGAUAUCGGUUUCGGGAACCUGUGCCUCACUACGCAAACCACAUGUUCAGCAGGACAACAGUGUUUUAAUGGUGUUGGGAAAGCAGGUGGCUUCCUGGAUAUCAAAAUGAAAGGUUGUCUUGACGUGGUCAAAUGUAACGGGACCGAAAAUAUUAACUUCCCCAGCAGCAGCAGCUCCAACAGCACGAUCUACAGCAUGAACAAGACGUGCUGCAGCACUGACCUGUGCAACGCUGCACCUGGCCUGCCUGGGACCUCUGUGCUAAGCCUGGCCUUCGCCGCCAUCUCUGCUCUGAUUGCAACCAAUGUGUUGGUUUGACAGAAAAUGCACCAGCUGAAGAUUGAUGCCUAGUGCACGGUCACAUAACACACCAGCACUUCAAGAAUAAAUACUGUCUUCAAAUAUGUGCUGUAACUAAAUCUUCUUUUUCCCACUUGGUUUGUGUUUAAUGUUUAAAAUGUAUUUUGAUUUUCACAAGUUUUUAUUACAGUUGAAUUCAAUUUAUCUUGUAUUUUUAUAUUCUUACUUGUAUCAGCCCUAAUUUUCCCUUUUCAGACAUGAGAAAAGUAAUGGUGGAGCCAUCACUCUGUUAAAGCAAUGUGAUUCAGUUAUUUAGACAUCUCUCUUUUAUGAGUUACAGUUUUACCAUAACGUGUUUAACCAAUUCAGAAAACAUCAAAGUGUCUCAAAAGGAGAAAAAAAAAUCCCAUCAAUUUGAACCGUUGAAAAUAUAAGCUUCAUCUUAAAUACAUCGAUCAUCUCUGGAGCAGGAAAAAGUUGCACUGUUUUUGACUUAAUAAUGCAAUCUGUCCAACCUAGCUCCAAAUUACACCACCAAUGUAGCUACAGCAGGUAAAACUUAUGCUGUGUUGACAGUGAUGUAUAUUUUUAUAACACAUUUGUCACGGUGCUGCCACAAUUACUCGAGGAAUAAAAUAUGAGGUAAUAGAACAUCAGCUCAUUCAGUGGUCAGAAAGGAGCUUAGAUAAAAUGCUCACAGGUAAAACCUAUAAGAGUGUGAAACACUGCCAUUAGUUGAAUCACAUUUAGGAUAUUUUACUGAAAAAGAGUUGUUCAGACAUUUGGAUCAUCUUUUCAAGAGCUGGACUGUGAGAUGAAUAUCAUGUUACACUUGUGUGUGAGCAAAAGGUGGCAGAUAGUUAGCUUAGCUUAGCAUAGAGACAGGAAACUGCUAGUCUCUGUCUGAAGAAUUAAAAAAUGCCAAAUUGUUGAGCUCACUUAAAACAAAUAAACCUUACAAUUAUAGCAACAACCAAGUCUGUUAUUUGGCCACAUAACUUUAUCAGUUUCAGACAUAGCCAGCCGAACAUUUCUAGUAUGUUAGCUAAGCUAAGCCAAACUGAGUUAUACCUUACUAGUUCCAAAAUGGUUCAACUAUUCUUUCAUAUUACUACCUAAGUCCUAAUUUUCAUACAAGCUUUUUAUCAACAUUUCUACUUCUAUUUAUUUCUGAACAUUUUGUCUUGACUUAAGAUUUAGCUAGCUAGCAGUUUCAAUUCACUUUGGUUGUGUCAUAACAUUUCUUUCCUUACUUGCUUGUUUUAGCUCAAGCAACUCUUUUUCAAUUUUCCAUAUUGGUUUCAAAUCUACAUUGUAUGUUGCUCAAAAUUUAUAGGGUGAAAGUGUUCGUUUAAAUUUGAAUAUCUGUAUAUUCAGCAUAGGCCUUUAUGGGGUUAAUUGUGAUUAAACUGUACCAUUUGCAGAUGUGACAGAGGUGAAUUAGAAUUUCUGUUUCUUUGAUCGACAUAUGAGCAGCAUCUUGCUCAAACUGGCACUUCUUGUAUUUUUCACCCACAAACUCAACUAGAUAAAGUGUUUCUUUGUGAAACUGCUAAUGACAGUUGAAAUGAUUAAUAAAAAUCUAAACAGAGAA